AUCUGCUGGGUUAGGCAGCAGAAUAAUCAAAAGACGGGUGGCUGUGCAAUACGCGCACGACGUCAAUUGCAAGCUUCACUUAUUUGCACCAAACUAAAAGGUUUAAAAGUGCUUGAAUUCAGGAGGGCAUUUUUUCCUCCCUCUGUAUCUUAGUAUGCAAGCACGCACGUUGCCAAUGGCUACAUUCUCAAAGUACGACCCUGUCCCGCCGUACGACGUAGACGACAUCGAGUCUACCGUGCCGUCAAUGUCAAACGACCGAUUGUCUUUCGAUACCACUAUUGCCAAUACCGAACGUCCGGAGCACCCGAAUGAAGGAAAUCAAAACAACAAUCGCAUUCGCAGCCCAUUCGAGGAGCAACAGCCACUGAAUGAUCGACCAAGCGACGGCAGAUCAAAUGUCUAUUGCAGCCAUUGCAACCGCCAUUACGGCCGAUUGACGGAGCGCGAAAGGUGCAACUAUGCGCUGCUCUUUGUCUUGAUGAGUCUGGUCUCAGUUUGCAUCUGCGUUUCAAUUAUUGUCUCCAUGGUGAAGAGGUCGAAUUAGACAGACACUUUCUCUGGGCUUUGGAAUCUCGAUGCAGCGCUUUCGCAGUUCUGUUUGUUGACUUGUGUAUACAAAUCGGUUUCUAGAAGAUUCCCACUUGCUAUCGGCUACUACUUGGUGCUUAAAUGUAAAUGAGACAAGACCAUACGAUGUAUUGGUUUAUGCAAUCAGUUGAUAUUGUUCGUUGGAAAAGUAGAGGGUUUAAGUCUCAACUAAAGCACAUUUCACCUCCUAUAUGUGGACUAAAUCGUCCCCUUUGCCUGGUUCGUAAAUGGUUAAUUCAGCGGGAGAAUCUUAUUGUGGCUCUCUGGCGCUUGCUCUCGCAAGGAGCAUUGCAAAUACAGGUUAAAGGCGCAUCGGGUUGCAGAGAAACGAUGUACAAAUCCC